AGUUUUGGACCUGCUCGGCUUCCGUACCUUUACCCGGAAGCCGGUCCUGUUUAUUUUUGGAAAUAUUAGAGUCCAUGCGGAUAGAUUUGAGCAACUUUACCUCAUUUUAAAAUGCCUACAAGUACCGAAGCCCAGGCGUCUGUCAAUGAAACUCUGAGGUCUGAUAGAAAGGUACCGCGCUCCGCUAACUGCAGCUGACUGACAGCUACUGAACUGAACACGUGAUAGACAUUAAUAACAUGAUGUGCAGCAGACACAGCAGGAUGUUUGACAGUGUUUUAUGGUUUGCAAAGAGAAGAUGAGCUAAACCUUUGAAAUAUACGAGCUCUCGGUUGAAUUACAGCCUACUUGGAGCCCUUAAAAUCGAUACAAUAUAAAUACAAUGGGGGGAUUGCCUUCUCUUGGCUCAGGAGAGGGUCAAAAGUCUAUCAAUGAAAUAAAAAUAUGAAUAUUCUUGCUUUAAUCUAGAGGUGUAAACUCAAGGUUUUUUUCCAAAGAUGUGUGUGUUGAUGAGGUUUUCUCCUCUACAUUGCCAGGACUCGAAUCAGAGACAGCACACCCAGACUGGAACUGGAGGGAGAUGGUUUAGCAGCUCUUUCCUGCUGAACGUCGGAAAAUGUUUAAUUUUAAUCAUCAUCAUUCCUCCAUUUCUCAACUAUGCAUCCCUACAGAGAGAGGGCCAGAUGCUCAUGCCUAAAGGUUUUAUUUUCUUCUUCAGAAUUUUAUAUUAACCCUUCUGAACAGCUAUAUUAAUUCACUUGCUAAAUGUGCAGAUUAGAUUAGUCACAAAAUAAGAGGUCCUCUGUGCAGCUUAAUCUCUCUUUCUAAUGUCCUCUCAGGUGGCCAAAUUGUUGAUAUCGGUUUGGGUCAAGGGAUGCAUCUUUUGUGUAAAGGAAAAGGAAAACCAGUUGGUAAUAGUUCUGCAGAGAUGAGACACAAUCCUGUUUUUUUUUUAACAAUUACAGCCCAGUUUGUGUUUUUACAAUAAAUAGUUGUUCUUUUCUUUUAGUCAUACUAGACGCACCAACAGGGAUGUCCACAGAUGUUUGGCUACAUGUCCAAGACAACCUGGCCACACAAACACAGGUAAAGAAAUAGCAAAAAUACUGUGAAUGAAUUAAUAUUUUAAUAUUACAGCCUUCAUUGCUGUUUAUUAGAAGAAUAUGCUUUAAGCUGACUACAGCAUAUGUAUCUUGCUUACUAAUAGCACAUACACCAUUAACUGAGGGUGAGAUAAAGAAGAUAAUUACUGUUUUGACUCAGGCAGAGGAUUUCCCUGUUGCAAAUGAUCAUUUGAGCUUGUAACUAUGAAUACAGCCGAGUUGUUUGUGUUUAGGGGCAUGUAGGGACAGCUCUUGCAGUCACCCUGCCACAUCAUCGCUGCUCAACAAGGACUCAGUGCGGCAGAAAGUCAGGGCUGACAGCCUGCCUGAUGUUGUUUGUCUGAUUUGUGACCCAGUUGAGGUCACUUGCUUUUGGGUAAGGGUCUAGUUACGUCUGGCCAGCUAAAUUACAUGAGCCACAACAACAAGGUGAAACUUCACGACAUGCCUGUGCAAAUGUAUAUUUUUGGUGAGUCUCACCUAACUGUCACGCCUAAGCAGGGCAGGGUAGUGCUAAGUGUUAAAUGAGUCCCUCUAGUUAAUAUUUGUUGGACAGUGUUGUUGAAGAACUCCUUCAAAUCUGUGUUGUCCUUCUCGUUUGCCUCAGGUCUGUACCUAUGACAGGACAGGAUUGGGCUUUAGCAAGAGGCUGAUGCAGAAUGAAACUUCAGCAAGUGAAAGAGUAUGGGGGAUGUCAACAACUGGACGGUAAGUCUACAAGUUGGCAGUCACUUUUGAGAGUUUUGACAAUGUGUGGAACUUAAAUCUGUAUUUUUCAAUACAGAAAAUAUAAGAAGUGGGGAAAUUAUGAUCCGCAGCAGUCUGUCAGAGUCUGUCGAAACCCUUAACUCCUAAAUAAUUCACACACUGCUAGUAUUCCCUUCUGCGACACACUGUAAGGUUACAUGUACAAUGGCAUUCAGCACUCCUGCUUUAGGUACUGAUGGCAUUACCAUAGGAGUGGCGUUUUAAUUAUUCAUGGGUGUUACUAUCACCAAUUACUUUUAUGUUUGAAGGUGUCCAUUGCCUAUGAGGGUUACUCUAUGAAAGUGUUUUUUAUUUUUUUUUUGGUUGCUCUUGUUUCAUUAAGGCCCACAAAUCAGAUUUCUGUAAACUUUAAGACCAUUCAAAUCGGCUUGGCCAUGUGUCCAGUUUUUUGGUUACUGUCUGUGAUAUCAGGGAUUUUAUUUAGUAGGUAAAAGUCUGAAAGCAAUCUUGAAGUAACACAGGCCUCUUGUUAUUUCUGUGUUUCUCCAGUCCAGAGACAGAAAGGAGGCAAACCGUAUUAUGACUCUGCUAAAAGAUAUGAAGAAAGAUUUUGUCAUAUUCCUUUUCAAUCUCAACAAAGGCUGUUUUUGUCUUAGCAUGAAUACAAAACCCAAAGAUCUACAAUAGAAAUGGGCAGGAGAGUGUAUGUUUGUUUGAUUUUUAGGUCAUCAAACCUCCAACCAAGCUGUCAGCUGAACAUACUCUGUGUUCAGUAACACACAGUUACCCCAACAUAUGGUGCAAGAGUUCUCAGACUUUUCAACCCAUGAAUCCUAAAAUGUCACAAAUGUCUGGACUUGCCUCUGCUUUUGAACAUAUUCCUUUCCUGAGUACAUUACGUUGGGAUUCUGGUAAUGGGUUUGAGGGACUACAGUGAAAGAAAGAGACUCAACUCACAGGUUAAAUUUUGACAGGAUGUUUGUCCUUGUACAGUAUGGUUCUCUACUGUUAAGUCAUUGUGCAUUUUGGAUUUUUAUUCACAAUAACAACCUUUAUAGGGACCCCUUGAACAUCCUGAACCCCGCUUUGGAAACCAUUGCAGAAACAGGCAUAACCUUUAGUGUUUUAGUUUUUACAUAACACACCAUUUGCUGUUAAGUCAUUCCCAAUAGAGGAUCUGUUCUCCUGGAAAAGUGUGUUAAGGAUUUCCAGUCAAUGUUGCAGGAACUUUUCAACCGAUGCUUACAUGGCGAUCUCCUGCAUUCCUCUGCUGAACCAGUCCUACCAAGUUUGAAGGUUGAACUAGUAGCUGGAGAGAUACCGUUUCACUGUGGUGCCCUUGAGCAGUCAAGGCUUGUUACCCCUACCCCUACCUACAGAGAGAAGGGGCACUUGUUCAUGUGCACUCUGACAUUCCUGUCUUACUGCAUGUUCAUUUGGUACUGUUUGAGCAUGUAUACAGCCCAGUCUUUGGCCAGUGUGCAUAUUGUGAUCAAUAACAGUAAAAAAAAAAAAAAACCCUGAACUUUCACUGGGGAUUAACAAGUGUGUCUCCUUAUUAAACCUCCAUGUGCUAAGGGGAUGAGAAAGGUGCGUUCUUGCUGGUGGUCAGCAAUUUAGUUUACCUUGGCAUUUGGCCCAGGGAGCAGGCAGCCACCCACUUGAGAUGCAAGCAAUCAAUUUUCCAGAAUUCAAUAUCUCCAGGAGUUUGAUGACCACCUAACCUUAACCCUGGGUGCCUUGUGAAGCUCUCCAUCUCACUGUGACACCUUAGGUUUGAUUUAUCCGCACAACAAACCUAGCUGAUGGCCCUCGGAGUGGAACUGCUGCAUCAAUGUUAUGAUUGAUUUCCUGUGUACAGCAGGUUUGCCAGGGACUGUUUGUCCGGUAUAUUGCAACAGAGAGAAUCUGCGAGCCAAGUUUGUGCUGUCAUUAAGGUUUCAGCUGUGUUACAUUAGAUGAUGCUUUGUCUGUAAUAAGAUGAAAGGGUGAGCUAAAAAUACCUUAUAUGAACUUUAAUUGCCAAGAGUUUAUGAUGCACUCUUUUUAACUUUACAUUUUUUUGCUGUCUAGUCUUCACCCUCCCGUGGGCCCAUCAUUAGCAUAUUUAGGGAGAUUUACCACAAAGAUCUCAGGAGGACACACUUGAUUGUCCUCAGAGUGAAAUUAAUCUCAAACCCAAAUGGGAGGAAUUAAUCCCCUGUCAUGUUCAUAACUCAAGCUAGGAGACUGAGUCCUUCAUAGUGUCCCAAAUAAAGCUCAAGGUCCGAUCUGGAGAACAUUUUGGUUACAUGGUAAGACAGAUGUGUGUUUUGUCUUCCAGGAUGGUAGAAGACCUUCAUCGUCUUCUCCAGGCGGCUGGCAUUGCCAGGCCUUUCAUCCUGGUGGGCUCUGAGCUCGGCGCACUCAAUAGCAGAUUUUAUACCCACAUUCAUGAUUUGUAAGUCCUCUCUAUUAAAAAACUGAAAUGGAAAUAAUGGAAAUGAGUUGCAUCUGACAUAUGUGGUUCUUUGAUUUUGCUUGGGGUGUGAUUUUUUUCCCCCCUCUAAUUCUAAGUGCCAUAUCAUCAUCUCAUAUGGGUCAGGGCAUCAUUGGAUUAUUAUUUUUAUUUUUAUUAUUAUUUUUCAUUUAUGAUCCAGAAACAAAAAAACUGUCACUUUAUAAACCCAGGAAAAGGAAAAACAUUUUACUGUCUGAAUCAAAUAAAUCAAAGCACUUUGGGCCCAUUUUUAUGUUUUUAGUCUUUUAUUUUCUCCUUUUUUUCAUUUUGAAUUCAGUAUUGAAGUGGUCUCUUGGCUGUUUUGUUUUUCUGUUUCUUAAUAAAGCAGAGCAAAAGAGGCAAGCCUCAAAUUUUUAAAAAGAGAUUUCUGUAUUCGAUUCAUCAAUUUAGGGCAGACAGUUAGAACAUGGUUGUACUUGUGAAGUGAUAAGUUAAGAAUUUCAGAAUAAGAGCCCAAAGGAUCAUUUUGUUCUGCUUGCUUAGAGUGUAGCAAGUAUAUGUUGAAUUAUCCAAUGAGACCCUGACCCAUAUGUUGUGAUAUUGAUGUUUUUGCACACAAAGUGAAAAACAAGUUUAACUUUGUGGAAUCUACUCAUUUUCUUUGGUCAAUCAUUAGUUUUUCUAAGAUCAAUUUAUUCAUCAAUCUUUUUUUUCAUAAAGUGCUUGUCUGAGAUGUGCUUUCUAUAGACUUUGUUUGGUUAAGGUGGGGGGUGGGAGGGAGUUACCUGGGCAAAGUCUGAGAGGAGGUGGAUGAAUCAGGCAGUAACUCUGAAUCAUACGAAAAAGAGGAAAUUAUUUGCACAAGGUAGUUUUUACUUUUUACCUAAAAAAUAAGUUUAUACAUGUAGUGUAACAAAAGCUGGUAUGAUGUGAGGAGCCAACCAGUCACACUGUCAGGAUUAAGUGUCACACUACUUGAUGUUUCAUGCAAUUUGCACCAUGAAGAAUCUCAUGGUUGAAUGUUAGUUUGCUAUCUGCACACUGGCUGCAACGUGGCCUCAUAGCUUUACAUGUUAUAAAACAAAAAUGAUGUUAAUCCUUGGUGUUUUUGUGUAGAUAUUGUACUAUCCACUUCAUUAUCAGACCCUUCCCUCCCUGACCCCCUAAAAAUUUCAAGAACAAUUACCUGCUAUAACUGUAAUGGCAGUUUUAUGUCAUAUCAUAUGAUUUAAGUUUUUGCCCCAGCUCACCCAACUAUCACAUGUGGACUUUAAAACUUAAAGACUGACAUAUGGACAUCUAAGUUAUCUCCGUCUCCUUUGAUGUAGACAGGUGUAUUACGUAGAAAGUUUAAUUUUGAACUUUCAAAUUACUCUGAUGAAUAUGAUUACGGCAGUAAACAACUAUUUGCCACAUACAGAUGAAGAGGGGAUUGAUUGCAGUGAACUCAGACUCCUUUUGUCUGUGUUGUAACCUGAGCUUUCGUGUCUCUGCUCUGGCCUGUACUCCCUGUGCAACAUGAGGCACAGCAGUGAGAUUUGUGUGGAUUUAUUUGGUCAAAGUGAACAUUUAGUACUACCCUUAACUUUAAGACUAUUUCUAUAUGUCGUUGAGGUUUUAUCUGGUUUCUUUUGUAAACCAGGAAGAAAGAGGCCUUAUAAGGAGUGUAAAGAAACUAUUAUUAUUUGCAAGGUAGAAAAAGUGGGUUUCCCACAGGUGCCUGACUGCUUGGUCUGAAAGAGUAUGACUUUCUAAUGAGGGAAAUUUGCAGUACUCAUGUGCAUUUACAGGACUUUCAUGAGACAUCUAGUGGUGACAAACACUGUCUAGAGAAUAUUUUUAGUUUCUUUUAACUGCAGUUCCUCCCAAUCUACCAAUUUUACAACAUCCACACAGUCAUCCAGCAUCCGCAAGCUUCAUCUGAUACACCUCAGUGACUGAUUUUAUAAGGAGCCAGCACCAGGGAUGAAAGAUUACCUGUUAAAUUAUGCACCAUAUCACCACAAGCGGAUAGAAUUAAGUGGUGCAGAGUGAAUGACACCUUUCCAAUCGGAAAUGUUGCUCCUGGAUCGUGUGUGUGCGUGCAUGGAUCUAUGACAAGAAGACAAGAAUCUGCAGACAGAUGGACAGGACGAUGUCUUCUAUCUUACAGUCAUUAGGGAAAACGUGUUUAAAGGAACAAGGUAUUGUCAAUUUUACAUCACAUGAGUGUGUGUGUCCUCUCUUUGUCCUCAGGGAAGUGUCAGACCUGGUGCUGAUUGAUCCGAUCCCAGAGGACCUUUUUGAGGAGGACCAGUGGAAAGAUUACUGGUGAGUUAUCUGGGUUCAGGGGCAUAGGACGGAGUUGUGAUGAAAACAAGAGAAGGAAAUGAGCAAGAAGCAAUCGCUAAAACAUAGGAAACUGGGAGGAGAGGGAACAGAAAACAGGGAGAGAUGUGAAUUGGCAAAAUAGAAGACUAUAGGAAGAUGAUCAUAGAAACAGGGAAGAGGGAAAAUAAGGCAGAUGUAUCAAACAUACAAAGACGAGGAGGCAGAGACUCAAGAAUGAUUCACGAUUUAAGUUCUGGACUCUUCCAUUAUCUCCUGAUCUGGGGGGAAUAUCAAAUUAUCUUUGCAGGGUUGGUUUCACUGGCAUGAUCAAUUGCAGGCAAAAAAAAAACCCCAAAACAAAACUCAGUAACUCAUCGCAAUUACUUUUGCAUUACAUGGAUGAAAAGAUACUGAGGGUUGUAACAGAGCUGACAACAAAUAUAAUAAUAUUGCUCUAUUUCCCCUGGCUGUGAAAACAUCUAUCUGGUAAUGAUGAAGUCAUCAUAUCAAUUAGAGCAAGUUGUCUUAAUAGUAGAUGAACGCACAGAGGAGGAGUGCUGAAGAUGGAUUCAUUAUUACAAUAUCUCUGACUGUUUACUUUUAAGCCAUUGCUUGUGGAAUUAUUACAAGCCACAUCAGAAAAAAAGUUAUAGUUCGCUGAUAAGUCACUUUUGAUGUAGCUCAAAGCAUAACAGUGAUGGCUGCAAAAUAAAGACUCUCUCGAGGGCAACUGUAGUGUGUUUAAAAAGAACAAAAAUACUUAGUUUGUUUCAAUCCGUUUUGAUAUUAUCUCUAAAAAAUAAAAAUGAUGGGAAUAAAAAUUAAGAACUCACAGAGAACUGAUUAUAAACUCCCAAAAUCCUGAGCUAUGAUUGGCUACUUGCCUUAUCAUACCGUAGUUGGAACAAAUGUUAUAAUAUCAUCUAUUUGUCUGCAACUUAAGUUUGUGUGGGGCUGUCUUUGCAAUUCAAUAAUUAUUUGUUUUAAUAUAUUUUCAGAUACUCAAAUAUGAUCUUGAUUUAAUGUUAAAUAAAUGAGGUGAUAUUUUUCAAAGCCCUCUACUCUAUGACAAUGCAAUUGGAUUUUGUUGUUAACUAUAAUCACUUUUAGAGACUUGACUGGGACUCGCUCAAAGUGGCUUGUGCCCAUCUCUGCUACUAAUGUAGAGUAUAUAUUUAAAUACAGAUGCUAUUUAAUAAAAUUAAAUCAUCCGUCUUGUUUUAAGUAUUUUCCCUCAAAUCUUGAACCAAAUUUCUCUUAAUUAUCAUAAGCAAAAUAACUCCCUGUCAUUGUUUUCAUUCAUGUAAACAACCUGUGGGAUGAAGAAUUUUUGCGAUGUAUGUACUGUAACACUUGAUAUUGUCAUUGUCGUGGUUACCACAUACAUUCUUUCCUUAUUUGCAACAACUUAAAAGGUUCGUGGCAUCCAGAAACGAUGCCAUGCUUCGUCUAGUCCUGAAAGGUUUAUUUCUAACCCUGUUAAGGUUGCUUUACAAACAGAGUUGUCCUUCUUGACAAUCACAUUUUUCCAAUAAGCUGGUGUUAUCCUGUGACCCUGAGGCAGCUGUGACUCAGUGGUACUGUCUGUCCACUCUCAACUGAAGCUUAGAGGUCUGAUCCCAAGUCUGACAGUCCACAUGCUCGGAUGUCCCCGGGCAAAUCACCCAACUGCAAACUUCCCCCAGUGACAGUGCCAGCUGUGUGUAAAUGGGGCUGAUUAAUGCUGAUGGUCAUUUACACAGCAUCCUUCUACCAUCAGUGCUGGAUGUGGUGUGAUUAGGAAAACGAGGCCAAAGACACCAGCUUUAUCAAAAGGCUCUGGUUAUCAUUAGCUGUUGCGUUUUUUUUUAAAUAUAUACUCAAGUUUGUGUUUGUAACUGUUGUUUUUGACUUUGAUUGGACAUUGAGCAAGACUUAUCCACAAACAUCAUGUAUCAUAUGUAAAAUAAUGUCCCCCAUGUUACAACUUAACCAAACAGCUGUAAUGCAAGGUAUAUGUGGAUACAUGACACUGGCAAUCCCAGAUGGUGAAUCUCAUCUCUCUGUUGUUACGCUGCUGUCAGAUGGAGCCUGGUUCAAUCUGCUCCCGCUGAUGAGCCUUUCUUAUUAUAUUAUGCUAAUUUCUGUCUGACACAUCAUGCAGGGGAACCGGCAGACAUCGCAAAAACAAGCUUGUCCUCAUUUACUUGAUUACCAGGGUGAAGAUUUCAGCGGAAAAAGAUUGGCGGCUCAAAAAUGAGUCAUGGUGAUGUAAGCUCACAGAGACCUCUUAAAAAAGGUUUGAGUGCAUAAAGACCAGUAAUGGGAGCUUAACCUUUCCUCUUGUUGUAGCUACAUGAAGCUACAAAAGUCACUCACUGUGGCUCUUUGUUCUGACCUUUGGCACCAUUAAAAAUCCACCGCCUUAAGACCUGGGUGCUCUCACUGGUUAAAAAAGCAAAUCUGAUGAAUAAGUUGGAGCUAAACCAAAGUAAGCUUUACAAACCAGCAAGAUCAUUUUAAAACCAAUUCUAAAAGAUACUGGAAGCUAAUGCGGGCACUUUUAAUCAGAUGUGGCUCUUUUUCUGGUUUUUGUCAGCAUUCUUGCAGCUGACUUUUGCAGCAGUUGAGGCUGGAGAUGUUUUUAGGGAGACCAGAAAAUAGAAUGUUACAAUAGUUAACUCUACAGGUGGUAAAAAACAUGAACCAGAGUCUCUGCUUUGGCUUCAGAGAGAAAAUUUCGAACUUUAGCCAUGAUUUUCAAGUGAUAGUAAUACCGCUGAUAUAUGGCUCAAAACUGAGGUAUGAAUUACAUCAGUUCCAAUGACUAAAACCUGGUUGAGCUGUUGCACAGUUCUCUAAGACACAGUUAAAAAGGGCCCGGGGUCAACAGUAGGGUUGGUAAUCAUGCAGUAUGGAUAAGCUGUAAUUCUGCAGUAUGGAUAAAUCCAAACCAGUUAUCCCCAGAGGAGAUUUUAGCACUACAGUUUUAGAAGUAUCAGAGGCAACACUCAUCUACAGGACAUAUUUGACAAUGUUUAACACAUCAGGAUUUAAAGAACCUCAAAUUCAUUUUGAAAAAGAGUUCAGGAUGCAGUCUAAAAGGCAAGCUGCCGGUCUUAAUUAAGAAAUGUUUCGAGGACAUUUCAGCAUUAACCAGGACAAACCUUUCCAGUGUUUCCACAUUAUAUAAGUGUGGUUAAAUGAAGAAACAUCCUUAUGGGUAUGAUUAUGUGACCAAGCACAUUGUUUCAUCCACCGGUAUUAGCUCACAGCUUAUGCAAGGCAAGCCAGAUAAGAAACUGAUCUAUUAAAAAUGGCCUAAUUUGUACGUGACUCAAAGUGGAACGGCUCCACUUAUCAGGGCUGUGUGUCCAAUUAUCCUGUGAUUAAUUGGCAUUCGUUUCAGUGAGUAAAUGAUAUUGCAGCCACAAGCCACUUACUCUUUGGAGAGCAGUAGGGAAAUUAAAUGAACCAAGGACUUAUGUUUACUUAAUAAAACAAUAUUUAUCAUCAUUGCCUGUUGCCCAUUGAAGAAUAAAUAUAGAAUCAGGGUUUGAAAAUACAGAAUGAAGAUUUAUGAGAUGCAGCGUGAAAGCAUAAACUCCACACAUCAUGACAUCCCAGUAAUUGGUUAUCAGCAUAUAGAGUAAGAAAUCCAAAAAGAGGAGGACUAUAUCCAAGCAGUGCUGUACAGAGACCACACCAAGUGUGCAUUGGGAAAUGAACUGAUCAAAGACCUGCUCAGUGAGAGAGAUAGACUCUUAAAAAACUGUCCCAAAAAAUAGAAGGAUUGACUAACAUAUGCUGAGAAAGUUAUGUCUCCAUUGGUUUAUGACCACAGGUUUCCAGGGGUAAACCAUCUCAUUUGUGAUCUGCAGACCUCUUGCUCACAGCUUUAGGUGCUAAUCUGUAGUGAAACAACAAAACAUGCUUUAGAAUCAAAGAUUAGGAUAAGUCUCAUUGCACAACAGGAGGAAAUGCAUUAUAGGUAAGAGGUGCUGCUAUGAGUCAUCCGCUGCUUUUAGUCCUUGUUUUCCAAACUGAAGCAGCUUACUUUGCAUCAUGGGGACACAAAUGUUCUCUACGUCCAUGUAAAGCACCUCUUUAGCUUGUUUAUUUUUGUCUCAGCAUCACAUGUCUACCUUCUUGUGACUAAAGGACACUUUUCCAAAACUAUGGCCUGUAAAAUAGGGAGCAUCUUCAGCCACAAGGUUCCUAGCAAGGUCUUUUUGUCUUGUAAUAUUCCUCUUAAUUAUACUUUAAGCAAGUCAUUUUGUAAUAGGGGACUAUGUCAUCUUCACUGACCUCUCAGAUCCUCGAAACAGAUCUUUUCCUGUGCACAUGCAAGGUGAUUUUCUUUUCUUUUUUUUUUUAGAGAAUAAAAUCUAAUAUUGCUUAUUUUUAAGUGUUGAACAAAUCAGUCAUUGUGAUUUUUUUUUUCCCAUGGAAAGAAAUGCCACAUGAAGCACUUCCCGUCUGUGUGCUAAAUAUUGCUUCAUCUGGUGUUGACUGGUUUCAGGCAGUAACAGGGUCUGGAAAAAGCUUGAUCAAAAUAACUUAACCACUUGCUGAUGCUCUUUUGUACUUUUUUUUUUUUUAAAGUCAUGAGCAUCUGUACUUAUUUUUCUCCGUCUGAUUCAUAUCCAGCCAAAAAAUCCUCAUCGAAGCUUCAAAAAUAGUAUUGUAGCAUUUAUCACUGAGGAGAGCAUGGCUGACUAUGAGUCUCUACUGACUUCUUCUGGGCUGGUUUGGAUUAGAGAGUGAAAUGUCUGGAAAUGCUCUUGUGUAGAGGGGCAGCUUUUACAGUUAAGUGAACAGUGAUGUUUUGGAAACCCUGUUUCCAUGGGUUUUUACCUUGAUUAGUGUUGCCCAGUCCUCAUUGGAGCCAUUCUUGCAUUCUUGUUCUCUUGAGCUUUGAACUUACUUAAGUUUGAUACUGAGCUUGAAAGUGUGUAGAUGUUUUCAAGUAUUUAUUUCAGGACUGAGUGCUUUUGCCUUAAUGCACAUAAACUCAUGUGGUGCUUAAGAAUAAUAACUUUAUUUAUUUACCGCCGAAGGGAAACUCAAUUGGUGAUGACUGUGGACCACAUUGUGACCAGUGCAGGCCUGGAUCUAAGCCUGAUUGAAUUAUGUGACUAUGAUGGACCGGGUGUGAGUGUCAGUUUGAGUGAUGACCACCAGAGCAUUUAAAAGCUGCAUUUGACUUGAUUCACAGUCCUCAUAGGGUUUAGUAUUAAUAUUCAAUUAUCUUUGCAGAUAGAUUCACUUCUGCUACAGUUUUGAUUUUAGUUUGUGAUAAUAUGCAGUCUUCGAGGUUUGGUGAAACCCAUGCUAUACUUUUCUUCUUUAAUGCAUAAACAGUAGUAACUAGGCCAGAGAUGAUAUAUCCAGUAACUCCCUUGGAGCCUUCUUGCUUUUACUGAAAGCAGCAUCCAAUAACCCACUGGAGUAUGGCCCUGCUUUAAAAACCUCCUGGGAUCCUAAACUGAGAUUGGCAACAAUUAUCCAGCCAUGGGCCAAAUGAUUGCUGGAUGAAUGUGGAUGAAUUAAAGAGGGAGAGAGUGGAGGUUUAGGACUAACCAAGGAGGGAAAAAAAAAGUGAGGACAGUGGUAAAAUGAAGCAGUAAAAGAGGGGCAGCCUGAAAAAGGCGGGAUUUAGCUCUGAAAUGUUUUUAUUUUCUUUGAUGUUGCUUAAAACCCUUGUUUCCAUUUUGUCCCUCAUAUACACACCCUCAAACACAGACUUCUAGACAAGUUGGGCAUGCUGUUUAGUUGACACUGUUUAAAGGAUUGGUACUGGGGUUUAUGGUGCAGGGGUUUGAUUCCACUGAUUUGUCCAGCCUCUUGUCCAGUUUUUUAGUGGGGAGCAAACCAGCAGCCAUCAGCUGUGGUGCAAGAGUGACUCCCUGUGUUCAUAGUGGGUAUUACAUCUUAGAGGAGCAGCAUUUUCAACUUGAUAUUUCAGCUGUCUUAUAUUCUUGUUAAAAACUCAUGAAGACCCAUAGAUGAGACUAGAGACGUCUGGUUCUGCUACUCAGGAUUGCUGAUUAAAGUUUUUCUACGUUCUAAUAUCAAGAUACUAGUUAAAGAAAGUGAUUUUGAAUGGUCAAAACCUCUUGUCUACAGUCAUUCAUUCUGAAUUACAAAGGCAGUAUGACCUGAUCACACACAUCUCACAUUAGAUCAACCUGUAAAUAAUUUCACCUCCUGUUCAUGAAGAAAAAAAGUUCCUUUUUGUCAGGGUCUGUAAGUGUUGUGUUCCUACAGCCAAGACACUCCUGAACCAGGCACAAUGUCAUGUCUGUGAAGAAGAACAAGAACUGGACGAUUGCUCAGUGGUCCAAAGUACUGUUUCCAGUUUAGAGUCAAUUUAGCUUCUCAUUGUGAAAUCAAGAUCCCAGAAUCUGGAGGAAGAUUAGAGAGGCCCUGUGUCCAAGGUGCUUGAAGUCCAGUGUGAAGUUCCCACAGUAUGCUGCUGCUGUUGGUCUACUGUCUUUUAUCAAGUCCAGAGUCAAUACAGCCUAAAAUCAAUCAGGAGAUUUUAGAGACCUUCAUGCUUCCAUCAGCUAAAUACUGUAUGGAGAUAAAGAUUUCCUUUUCCAGCAGGACCUUGCACCUGCCUACAGCACCAAAACUACUAAAAACUAGUUUGCUGACCAUAGAAUUACUGUGCUCGACUCGCCAGCCAACUGGCCUGACCUGAGCCCCAUAUAGGGUCACUAGGAUACCAUCAAGAGAAAGAUGAGAGACACCAAAGCAACAAUACAGACGAGCUGAAGGAGCUAUUAAGACCUGGACUUCAAUAAGACUACAGCAGAGACACAGACUGACUGUCACCAUGCUAUGUCACAUUGAUGCCGUUUUUCAUGUAAAAGGAGCUCAGACCGAGUACUGAGAGCAGAAAUGAACAUCAUUUUUCAGAAGGUCCACAUGUUCGUACUACAAACCUUUAUUCGGAUAGGUGUUUUGUAACAUUCUGAGAUAGUGGAUUUCUGAUUUUUGUGAGUUGUGUGGUGUAAUCAUCAAGAUUCAAACAAAAGAAGGUUUUGGAAUAUUUCACUCCAAUAAAUGAAUCUGGAAGUUUCACUUUUUGAAUUUAUUAAUUGGGAAGAAAGAUUUAUGCAUCAAAGUUUUUGCUGUAAUUUUAAUGAUCCUAAUAAUUCUUGGAAAAUGAGGUUUGAAGAUGUGAUCACCUAUAGCAUGUGAGAGAGAGUUUGUUUUUUUUCGUGUUGAAACUUGCUUUUUUUUUUAAAUAUAUCUUUAACCUUAACCAGUUAAAGGAAAAAUCGUUAGUCAUGUUUGAUUAUAGCUGAGCUCUGUGUAAUACUAUGUGUUUAAAUGUUCUUUGCUCAUUGUAAUAGUUGGCAGAAGCCUGUGUAAUAGUUCGUGUUUUGUGAGUGAGCAGGCUCUCAGGUAACAGAGGCCCUGCAUAUGAAAUGAGAUGGUAAUGAGGAUGAGGAGGGGAACCUUAUCACUUCAGGUCCAAAUUCCGACAGUGAAUUGCGCAGUUGUAACAAAAGUAACAGAGCGUCCAUUCAGCCUGCACUAAUCCAGAUGGGAAAGUCAAACAGCAGAAAGUCCACCGCACAAACUCAUUUCAUCACUUUAUUAAUUUAGAUAUUGCCUCCUCGCUCCUGUGGGGAGGAAAAAAAGAGCCCCCCUGAAAUGACCAACAUCGGUGAGGCGUUUUGCUCUACAUGGUUCCCCCACUUCGUCUCCUCCUGUUAUCUGUUUAAUUCAUCCCACCAAUCUUGGCUGUCUUUACCCACUAAAUUUCCCUUUGACACGCAUGCCUUGCUUCGCAUAAUCCUCACUCCGGGGCAGAAUUAAAAAUGGAAAAAAGAGAUGGGAAAAGGACAGGUGGCUUGAGAAUCCUUGAAAUAAUGUUCAGUGGCAGACCUGAAAAUGAUGUGACCAGAUUCAAACUGUGGGAGUGACAGGGACUAUGUUUUUAUAUCAAGAGGUAAGACAAAAAGACAGGUGGAAUGUAUGCAGAGACUGAGGGUCUAUUCAGUGAGCGAGGUCAAAGAGUUAGGUCUGAAUCAUGUUAGGGGGGCAGGAAGAUAAAAAUGUCUGAUUUAAAAACUGUUUAAUCUUUCAAAGACUAAAAAUGAUAACAUUUUGUUUAUUUCUUUUACAUCUUUUCCUGUAACCUUUUUGACUUGUGGGGACUGUGUGAUUGUAAAGAAUAUAGUAGAUGCAUGUGCCAAGGGAAACGGCAUAACACAUCAGUCGGUUAAAUUGGUUAUAUUAGAGAUAAACAGCGUGGCUCAUGAUCUAGCUUGAUAUGAUUAGAGCCAUGGCCCUGAAUCAGUGCUUUAGUUUACCUAGAAAAUGUUGCAUACCUCAGUGGGCAAAGCUUGCUUUAGGCUAACAUGAUGAAAAUGGUUUGAGGGCAUGCUACAACCAAGAAUUUAAAAAUCAAAUUGAACUUUAAUUCAAGAAAAGUAGGAAAAACUCUUAGUCUCUUCUUCAUCUUUUUAGUUCUCAAAGUAAAAAUCAAGGUUAUCAAGUCAGAAUAACAGAACCUGGAAACAGAAUCAGUGAAAGAAAUUCCACUGCGUGCAUCUCUACUUCAAAACAACGCGUGGAACUUUACCACUUAGGACCUACCUGUGAAAUCUUAAAGUGCUGCCUUUUGCUAUUGUGCCACUCCACCAGCCAGGUUGUUUCUGCGCAUGUCUUGUCUGUACAAAACCAGUGCUCUAUGCUGGUGCCCAUUGGUGCUACAUUUGGUCAAUUUUUUUUUUUUUUACACUUGUGAUAUGUAUGUUUAUGCAUUGUCAUCACUGUAUCCCGUGAGCAGCUAGGAUUAUAGGACUUGUUAAGGGAGAUGCUUGUCACGCAUACAGGCUGACAAGGCCGGUCUAUCCAUCCAUCCAUCCAUCCAUCCGUCCGUCUGUUAUGUGUAAAGUGGCAAAUCACAACAAUUGUUAUCUCAAGACGCUUUCCAAGAGAACAAACUCAUUGUUUGAUGUAAAGACCCAACCCCAAGAUGGCAAAAGAUUGAGUCCCAUCUAAAAAUCUAAGACCCAUUCUUAAACAAUCUCAUCCAACAUGAGUGAAGCACUUUGCAGUAUUUAGCAAGUAAUGGAGGUCAAGGAAAAAGUUCUCUCUAACAGGCAGAAACCUUGAGCAGGACCAGACUCAUGUUAAACAGCUACCUGCUGCCACUGGGUUGGGGGAAGAGAGCAUAUGGACGGAGAUACAGAGAGAAAGAGAAGAAUAUGAGUUUCAUUUAUAGAAUCAGGCAUAGGUAUUCAACACGGAUGUUAAAGGUGAUUAAAGUCAGCAGGCUUGGUGGUAGUUAACUGUAGCUUUAUGGUAUUAAUGUCAGUGAAGCAGAUGAGUUGUCUAGUCCAAUAGUCCAGUUCUUUUUCUUUUAAGCCCAGGUGAGACUCUUUAAGACAUCCCUGGUUCAGGAGUGUCUUGACAACAGGGACAUGACACUCGUAGUCUGUUUCCUGGACUCGUCUGUAUAUAGGGGCUCUUGAUGCUCUCAGUCCUCUCCCUGUGAAGCCCCCUUAAGUUCUUGAUUCCGCUUUGUUUCAUGAUCCUCUCAAGGCUGCGCUCAUCCCUGUUGGUCUCCCUCUCACACUUUUCCAUUCCAGUCAACUCUCUGUGAAUCUGCUUUCAUCGAGCCUCUGCGAACAGCAGCUUUUUCGGCAAUGACUCUCUGUGGCCGACCCUCCUUGUGGAGGGGGUCAGUGAUUGUCAAUGACAACUGUCAGGUCAGCAGUCUCCCCUAUGAUGGUGGCUGUGUGUAAUGAGCUAGAAUGAGAGAAUAAAGGCUCAGUAAACCUUUGCCAGUUAAAAGUUCAUUUGCUGAUUAGAGCUCUUUUCAGAACUGAAAGAACUGGCAUGACUCUGGACUGUUCCAGAACAUUUGGAUGUUUUGAGAUAGUGGAUUUUGACAUUUCCUUGAGCUGUGAGCUCUAGUCAUCAAGAUUCAAAUGAAAACAGUCUUGAAAUAUUUCACUUUGUGUGUGAUGAAUCUAGAGUAUAUCGAAGCCUCAUUUUUUGAAUUAGUUAUAGGCUAAAAUUAACCUUUUUAGUACGUAAUAGUUGUUUAGCUGCAUCUGAGUCAACACAUAACUCUUGGUUUUAAUAUCUCAAGAAGGACUGUAUUGAUACCUGAGAAGUCAAUAGAAACAAAUUCACUUUGUUCAGUGUAAAUCAAUAAAGAACCUGUUUAAAGGGAAAUUUUUGUCUCAAGAAGGCUGUAAGAAUGAUUGAGCAGUAAGCUAAUCAUUUCCCGCUAAAGACGCCACCUUGAGAAGAUUUUUUCUGAAUCAUGUAUUUUAAUAACCUUUCUGAUGCCCCCAGUGUAUGUAAACUCAGUGUAUAAAAUUCAUUCAAUCAGAAAUUACAGACAAAACAGCAGUAGAAAUGCCUUAAAUUUGAACCCGGCUUUUUUUCCUUUGAACUGAAAUGUGUUUUUUAAUGCUAAUUUAGAAACUUGCAGACUCUGUUUUAACAACCAAAAAAAGAGACAUUUAGCAUCAUAAUCUAUACUGUAAUGUGAUUGUUCUUAUGUAGCGGGUGAAACAUUUACAGCAAGAUUCAAUAAGGUAGGGAAAAGGUGAUAGGGUGUUAUAAGCAAAAAUCUAAAUCAGAAAUAGGACGAACACAGUCCCAAGUGUUCCCCAGUUCUGCAGUUGGCUGCAUGUCGAAGCAGGCUGCAUGAUGCGCUGGUGGUAGCAGCAGGCACAUGGCACUAUUGAUUAGACUCCACAAGCUGAGACCAGCCAAUUCAAAGCACCAGUGAGCCAAGACCGAUUGGACCUCCUGUGUUACAAAAUCCCAUAGCUCUUCUUCUCUAAUAUGCCAAAAGAAAGUGUAUGUCUGUUUCCACAGCAAAUGAUUUUUAGUAACUUUAAGAUUCCAGGGAAGAAAAAAGAAGAAAAGAAAUAUAUUUUGCAUUACCAUUUCUGAUUCAUUGUCAAAUUUAAAACCAUCUUUCUUUUGUAAUUGCUUCAUUUUUAACCUCAGCAUGCUAUUGAGCAGCUUAAAUAAGACUGAGGUGAACAUUUACCACACAAAGAUUCAACAGACUUUUGGUGAAAAAUAACAGAAAAUCACUUCAGCUUUUAUGAUUUUUUACAAACAAAACUUUACUUUAAACUAUAACUUUAUUGUUAAUUUUUUUACGAAUGAAAGAAGAAACAGUGUGCUAUCAAAAUGCAGGAGACAUACUAUACAAAUGCGGCUUUCAAUCUAAAUAAAGACAGAAAAACUGAAAUUCUUUUGCCUGUAAUGUCUUGUAUAUAUAUAGUAAUGCAAUAAUUUAGCAAAUGUAUUUCUAUUAUUUACCUGUAAUCCUACAACACAGUAAGCAAAGUGCUAUGCUAAGAGCUGUUUUAAAGAUUAAACCGUCUGUUUUUUAUCUUUGUUUUCAGCACUUGGAGUUUGCUGUAUGACUGAGGCUGCAUGUAUAAAAUGUAAUACAGUCUUAAGAAUAAAACCAUGCAUGCCUCGUGACACUGAAAAUUAAAAUAUGUGCCCCAAAACUCAAGAGAUGGGAGCUUAAUGAGCCCGAAAAGUCUGUUUCUACCCUCGGUCAUAACUCGGUCCAUCUACAGACCUGUUCUUCAUACAAAAAACACAUUUGAGUGGAUGAUGCUGUCCUCUACAUGCUUCACCGUGCCCUCUCUCAUCUGGAGGAACCUGGGGUUUAUGUGAGGAUCAUGUUCUUUGACUUUUCAAGUGCAUUUAACACCAUCCAACCCAUCAUACUCAAAGACAAGCUGACAGAGAUGGGAGUAGAUCCUUCCUGUGUUUUUGGAUCACAGAUUACCUGACAGGAAGACCACAGUUUGUCAGGCUGCAGAACUGUGUUUCUAGGACAUUAAUGAGCAGUACAGGGGCUCCACAAGGGACAGUCCUGGCUCCAUUCCUGUUCACACUAGAGACUUCAAAUACAGCACUGAGAAAUACUCAGAUGACACUGCUAGUGUGGCAUUUAUCAGAAAUGGGUACUGGAGUCACAAAAUUGCCUCCUCCUCAACACCUCAUAGAAGAAGGAACUGAUCAUAGACUUCCACAGGUCCAAUCACCCUCUUUAGCCAGUGAACACCUGUGGCGUGGACAUCGAGGUGGUGACACCAUAUAAAUAUCUAGGUGUACACCUGGAUGGUAAGUGAGGCUGGUCUAAGAAUGUAGACUUUAUCUACAAAAAGGGUCCUGAGAAGACUCCUAUCAAAAGACACCUGCAGUAGUAUGCUGCUGAUGUUUUAUCAGUUUGUGGUGGCAAAGUGUUCUGUUCUAUGCUGCAGUCUGCUGGGGAGGAAGCAUCAAACACAAAGAUGCAAAACGUCUUCACAAACUGGUGAAAAAAGGACAGAAAGAUUUGGAAGAUCUUUUUUACCCAUAGCCAUCAGACUUCUUCUAUAAAUAGUAGAUGACUUAAGACAUGACACAUGAGACUUUGGACAAUUGAAUAUCCUUUGGGGGAUCAAUAAAGUUCUUCGACUCAACUCAACUUUUGCUGGCUACUAAAGUUUGUCUUGUGUGUUGUUGUUUUUUGUGUGUGUGUGUGUGUGUGUUUCAGGUAUGGUAAGCUGUUGCCAUCACUCCAAGUAAAGCAGUUUUCUGCAGCUACAGGGUUGAGCCGUAUGCUGAUUAUUCUUGGGGCAAUCGAGCCAAAUAUUCAAGGUGAAAAUCUACCUGAGGAGUUCGUGCAGCGCCAGGUCAGCCUAACGCACAAACACGUACCCACACAGACUUACACAAACACACACAUACCAUGGUGCGUGGUGGAUGGUUUGCAGCUCAUUUGUGAGUAGUGUGUAGCGACUGUGUCAGAUAUGACAUGAUACAAAGACUAGUUAGUAGUGUAUUAAUACUUAAUGUCUAUGUAAUGGUUUGUAACACAGCAACACAUUGUAAUAGGCGAGUGAUCAUAAGGCUAGAGUUUGCUUGAGGGAGAGAACGAGAGAGAGAGUGGACAAGAGACUGAAAUUGCUUUUUGUAUGGUGACAUGUAUUGUGACAAAUGACAGGAAAUGGGAAUAUAACAAUAUUGCUGUGUUUUGUUUUGUCUGAGCCAUUCUCUGCCUCCCCAAACCUGGCUGGUUGCGAGGUGGACCCUGCUCCCUUGUGAUGAUUGGUUGUAGGGAAGAUGCUGCUCCCUUGUGUUGUGAGGCAUGCUCCACAUCAUCAAAUAACGUGUGCAAGCCCAAACAAAGUUAGUUUGCUACGAUAUCGGACAGUAGAAACUAACCAGAAAGUACAGGAAAUUGUCAUCUCCUUUUGGCCACGACUGCCAACACAAGCAAGACAACAAAGUAAAUACCAGAGACUCUGGCAGAUUAACGGGCGCGUAAAAAGAGGUAGACUGGACAAGAGCUAAAAAGCCGGGUCAUAAUCAAUGAUGCAUAAAUGAUUGGGACGCUUUGGGAUCUUACAGACCCUGCAACCUUUGUGCUGGACAGCUAAACUGCUUUAACAAAGUAAGCCAAGUGUCUGUAACAGAAGUGUUUCUUGUCAAAUGGGACCUGCUGUGUGUUGUAGUGCCGCUAAACUGUUGACCUCGGGUCCUGGAGUAUGUCACUUUAUCCUAGUUGUAGAAGUCUUGCAAACAUUGUGUUUGCUGAUAGUCUGUUGGCAUCUACAGUAGCACCAAUGCUUUUCAUUUUCACAUUGGCUGGGCCCCAUUUUUAAUUAUCUGAAGUAUUUAUCUGCAUUAUAUCUGAAUUUAAUUAGAAUGAUAUGAGCGAGGAUGAGCAUCUGUUUUGUGGGCUGGGCUUUCUGGAGCAGAGAGGGACGGAAGAGGAGGAGCAGAGGGGAAAACUGGUUGGGAGGGGUAGUGUUUACAUUCAAGAUUUCUCCCAAAACUGGCACUUCCUCAGAUCCUGCCUACCCCACCUUUAAAUCAUGAUAUAAUGAUAUGACCCAACUUGGGUUUUUAGAGUGUAUAGAGCUAAAAACAACCCAAGCUGGGUUGUUGGGUCGAUUUUAACCCAAAAAAAAGGGUUAAAAUUGACUGACGACUUACUGCGUUAUUUUGACCCAGAAUGUUAGGUUAUUCAAAUUAACCCAAAUUUUUUCAGUCGGCAGAAAAUGUUUAUAUCUGUAGAAGACGUCGGAUAUAAGCGUUUUUUUUUUGUUUUGUUUUGUUUUAAAAAUGGAUAUGUUCAUUGCUGGGGCCCUCCAUACACAUGGAGAAUAUUGUGCAGAUGUGCUGAUUUGGAGCCUGAGGAUGAGUUGAGCAAAAAUUAUGCAUAUAUGUUCAACAGUCAAAGAAAUUCAGCUCAUAAAGUGACAGCAUCAGUAAUUACUUUAGACCGAGUGGGUUGUACUGGAUGAAAAGCAGCACACAAUAUAGAAGACUUUUAAAGUUGCCCUGACACAUGUGUUGUUGCCUCAGUGAAUGUUGAAAAAGCAUCCGAUAGGGAAGGAUAGUCUUGAUCUUUGGUUUUGGAAAUGCAUACAAUGCUACAAUACAAUACUCAAAUGCUGUAACACAGUACUUACCUCUAUCUAAGUUCCACACAUAGUCAGAGGUAAGUAUGCACCUGUUAUUCAAGUGAUCAGACAAGCAAUUUUAAUAGUUUGCACUUUUGGAGGAUGUUACGAUGGUGAUUCUUUUUCAACACCUUUUUUUGCACAGAGAUCCGGUUGGCUUCACAUUUGCGCUUAUACAACAGUCACUUCGCAAUAAUACCAUUGAAUGUAGGAACACUUUAAAGCACAUAUGUCCUGAUUUAGUUAAAGGUAUGCAGGUCAAAUUGAACGAUGUUCAAUCGUUUCUUGAUGUGGCUCUCCGUAAGAAAACAGCUGUUGUUGCAACAGUGUAGCAUUUUGGGUUGUGUGAAUGCAAAUAGUUUAAUAGGAAUAAACCCAUAAAUAUCAAUUUACAGUUUGUCUGCAUUAAGGAACCUUUAAUCCUCUUAUUUUGUGAUAUGAGAUAUUGAGGCGUUUCAUCUAUCCAAAUCUAAACUUGAGUCACUGAUACCGGUGAUGACUUGAAGGCCUUUAAAAUGUCCUCCACAUACCUCCCCUCUAUAGCCACAGGAUGGUGCUAGUGUGAGAAUAAUCACCUCUCCUCCUCAGCAGAGUUACACUUGGUUAGUGAUAGUAAAAGUUUGUCUUCAUGUUGUUUUGGGAGAGUGCCACUAAGCAUGCAGGUACUCUUAAAAUAAACAGCAUUCAAACCCGUUCAUUAGCCUGACAUUAGGUUGGGACUACACCAUGUCUACUGACGUCAGUGAUCCUGCAAAGUUAGCUUUAAAUCUGAAAAAGUGGACCCAUGGUUACGCCACAGCAGCCUGUCAUUCAGCCCUGUAGUCAUGUCAUACUUGAUGUGAAUAAAAACAGUGUUAGAAACUGACUCUUGUAUGAACAGCAGCUGGUAUCUGGUUACAAUGGUUCUACACUAAUGUUAAAGUAACAAACACUUUCGUCAGAUGAUUUAGGGACAUAGGUUUAUCACUUCAAGAGCAAAUUUGAUUUAAGUUGUUGCAUUUAACCUGUAAAUUUCCCUCGAUACUUUUCAGAUUUCUGUUUAGACAACUGAAACCUUUAGUGAAUUAAUACUCAAUCACAUUUCCAGCAGCAGUUUAGUGUUAUUAUUUAUUUCUUCAGCUGUCCGUAUGAUACAACAAUGACUGAUUGGGUAUAAUUGUGAACAGUUCAUUUAGACUGCUUGUUCUCUGCUGCCAGCCACCCACGGUUUGAUGGCAGUAGUGAUAAGGGACUUAUUUCAGCUUUUCAGGCAUUAAAAUUGUUGCCAAGGAGAUAAGGAAAUCAUUGUGCUCGAAUCCUCCAAGGACAGAGGAAGGUUUUGUAGGCAGGCUAGUGAAGGUUAUAACGUGCUCACACACUCAUAAGCCAGCCUGACUCAAUAGAGCAUGCAGUCCAUUUCUCAAGGGCAUGUUCUGUAACUGCUUCCUAAUUGAACUUGGAGCAGAAUAGUUUGCUGUGAUGUUAACAGAACCAAAUCUGUUUGGUCUCAUCACAUUGGACUGAUAAAUGCAGCCAAAGGGAAACUUUGUUCAGUUUUGAAUAUCAACAUCCAGAUGGAGAAUCAGAAAAACUUGGUAUUUUGUAGCCGCUACGCUGUAUGAGCUGGACACUGAUUUUAGUGUGUUUAAGUUGGAUUACUGGAGUGUGUUUUGCAUGAAACUGAGUAGUGGUGCAACGGAUCAUCAUUGAUCCGUGAUCCGUUCGGAUCGACGUAUUCGGUUCGGCACACAUGUGAUCCGCGGAUCGAUUUCUGAAAGCGGAGAAAGGAGGAGCUCGAACGCCCCGCGACACUUAAAUCCCCUGUAUGGGAGCAUUUUGGCUUCCCUGUCAAUUAUGAUGAAGAAGGAAAGAGGUCAGUGUACAAAACUGCGACGGAGUGAAGGCACUGUGGCAUAAGAAAGCCAUAUGACAGUGGAAACACAUCGAGCAUGUUCACGCAUUUGAAGCGACAUCACCCGGGUGUUUUAAUGACAGGUGUUGUGCCGUAGAUUGCACCCCUGCCGUAGAACGCACCCCCUGCAUCCGUUAGCUUCUUAAAGUAGAGAUAAUGAUCUCAUAUUUGAUAUGAAUAGCCUGAAUGAAAUUAUUAAAGGCAAACGCUGUUGAAUACAUCCAACGUAAGGAAAACUUGUAUUAUUUCGCCUUGUUAUGUACUUUCAACCGCGCUCCCGUUAGGGGGUGCACUAUACGGCAGGGGUGCAUUCUUUGGCAUAACACCUGAGAUAAAACGAAAGCCCUAACAACCGCUCAUCACCGCAGCAUUUAAGCAGCCUCUUCCUGCGCAAUCCGACCAGGCUAAAGCCUUCACAAACUCUAUCGGUGUGUUUAUAGCUGCAGACAUGAGGCCGUAUUCAGUUGUGCAAAACGAGGGCUUUAAAAACAUGCUGAAAGUGCUUGAGCCACGUUACGACAUCCCAUCGCGCACACACUUUAUCUUUGGUUCAUUGUUACAUUUUAAAGGAAGGAGAUAUGCCUGUAUAUUGUACUUUAAGUUGUUUUUCAUUAAUAAUUAUGUUAAAAAGAAGAUAUUAUGCCCUGUGCACUACUUUUAUAUAUUUUAUUUGUCUUGUUUUUUUUUCUUUUUGCUGAUCCGAAAAAUGAUCCGAUCCGUGACUCUUGAUCCGAGGAACGAUCCGAUCCGUGAGUUUUGUGAUCCGUUGCACCACUAAAACUGAGCAGACAGACUAUGACAUAUUUGACAUUGGGCGAUGUGAGUAGGUCCAUCCCAUAGAUUCAAAGGAUGAUCAUGCUGUUGUGACAGUAACAAAAUAACAUGUUGGUGUUGUUAAAUAAGGUUAAGGAAAAGGUAAGGAUUUUAAUUGCAUCACAACACACAACACUUGCAAUUCCAGUUAUAAAUAACACAACAAGGGCCAAUAAUGAUUUCUCAUGUGAAGAGUUGCUGCAAUAUUUAUAAAGUCUUAUAAACACAUCCAUAUGGAUUUGUAACGCCCCUCAUGGGUAAUGACAAAUAGGGGUGUCCUGAUAUAACCAUUGAUACAAUACUGAUAUUGUAGCCUCCAGUAUUGGCCGAUAUCGAUACGAUAUUUGCACAAAAUUGUGCAUGACAAGUUCUACACUCAGCUGCAAUGUCCUUUUCGGACUUAGACAAAAAAUACUGCCACACAGCCGACAUCAAUCCUACUCCUUGCUACUUUGUCAGUAUCUUAGUACACACUGUUGUUAUGAUUAUGUGGGCUCUGCAUGCUAGAUCCGGGUGCUGCUAGAUAGAGAUAGAGGUUGGAGAUUUUGGAGAUUUUAGAUUCAGGCCAAUAUAAUCUAAUAAUAGGGAUGUUUAUAAAGUGUUGUAAGCAGUCAGCUUUAUGCCUCAACAGUAUGGUUUAUAAUGCAUUGUUAUUCAUCAUAUGCGUUACAAUACAUGCUGAAUUGUAAGAGGUAGAUUCAUACAAAAUAUUAUUGCAGAUUUUUUCAGAUGCCUUAUGCCUUCACAAGCAGAGGGGGGGAAGCAGAGGUAUUGAAAUUGGAGAGAUACUUUCCAAAUAUUUCAUGUUUGCAAUUUUAUUAAACAGUGCAGAUCAGAUUUUGUGGUGAUCAUGUUGGUGAUAGACACCAUUAGAAAGGCACAUCUUCCACUCAGUGCUCCAACACAAUAUCGCUCAAAGUAAAAAGUGAUCACAACACAAAGACACUUGACAAGUAGAAAAAUGCAACAGUGCAAAGCAUUGACUGGAGCCUGUCGCUGCUGUCACUCAGCAGGGUGAUCACACACGUAAUUACAGUCCUAUCACGGCCUUAUACUGUGACACUACUGUUUCAUUUUCACUAGAUGUCCACACCCUGCAGACUCAUUAACUUGCAUUUAUGUGUAUGGUAUGGUUCCCCAGUGUUGUGGGUGUAAUUGAUGGGACAGACAUUAGCAUUGUCAUGGUCUCAGACAGUGAUUUACUGUGUUUCAGUGGAAAAGGUGCAACAUUACCAAAACAUAACUUGGUGUAGUCUACAUAAUUUUGGUCAGUUGCUGAAUUGUCAGUUUUUUGGGUGUUCUGGUUACUCUUGUUUCCAGAAACUCCAACCAGCGUGUUCUUGUUGGCCAUAUAGACUGGCCAACAAUCACAAAAGCUGAUGUCCUCUUGUUCAUACCAACUUGGUUCUAUGAUGACCUGCGUGGUAAAAAAAAAAUGAGAGCAAAUAUAUAAUGACCAGCUAGUUUGGAAGUAGUGACCAAAUUAUACUUCAGCUUUAAACAUUUUGUUGUCUACAUCUGUUUUACAUGUGGUGUCCUUUUGAUUCAAAACAGAUAUUCUUCUCAUGAAGGCACUGCUGGUUUAGCGCCCAACUUAUACCAGUUAAUGUUGAAGAACAAAUACAGACCCCUGGCAUGUGAUAGUUUAUGGAGGGCUGAUGUUCCUGACUUGGAUCUGGCUUUUGACUAGAACAUUAUAUUAACAUGUAGAAAUCCUGAUCACCAACAAAAACAUUACUUUAUUACUUUAUUUAAAGAGCUCAAUGAACACCAAGAAUAUUUGAGCCUAGGUUACCUCUUUUGCCUAUUACACUUAUCUUAAAUUACCUUCUAAUAUGGGAUUGGCACUUCAUAAAAAGAGGAGCUACCAGCUGGUCUCAUUGUGACAAAGAAACUGACCAUAAUGUGCUGAAAGUCUCCAGGCUCACUUUCUAACAUAUUUAGACACUGUGUACCUUGAAUGAGUUUAAGGGGAAAAAGCAACAACAACCAACAGAAGCCUUUUACAAACCUCUAAAACCUUCUGCUAAGAUCAGGUUUUAGGGAUGAUCACGUUCAUUUUCUUCUUCCUUGUUUAAUUAUUACUGGGUUCAGUUUACCACAGGCAUGCUGUUGCUGUUUGUAAUAAUCAUUAUAUUCACAGUAUCUUUUUGUAUGAAACUGUAUGCAAUGGGUUAAUGAAAUUAUUUAUGACCAUGUUUUGAAACACAAUUUUUUUUUCUUGACUUUUGCAUAAAUCCAAAAGUUCUAGAGCAAGAUAUUUUUUUGUCUAGAUUAUUAAAGAAAACAAUUUCCUAUUUGUGUUAUUAAAUGGUCUAAAUUUAUCAAAUGCCAAAAAAAAAAAGACAAAAUGGCACCAUGAUACUGGCGUUAUUUACCGGCCAUCAGCCAGCCUGCUGUCUCAUGAUAGGCAUCAGCAUCGCCCCUCUAAAAACUGGAAUCUCUUAACUACUCAGUUCAUAUAAUGGCCUCAAACAGCAUUUGAGCUCUGAAUAUAGUGUUAAUAUAGAAUAGGUGAUUAAGAACUGGGUACAAAGUUUUUAAUGUAAAUUGUUGAAAACUACCAUCCCGACCAAUACGUUAAAAUCUUUUGAAGAAUGUUGUAUGUGUGCUGUUUACAUCUCUGGAUGCCAAAGUGUGUGCUAAGGGCAGACAGGCUGUUAAUGUUAAAGAAGUCUUAACUGUGAAUCAAGGACAAACAUCCUAGACUUUUUAAUUUGAUUGAUAAAUGCGGAAUACUCUUCAUAAUUACAUAUUUACAAAUGAUGUGUGGUAUAAACAUUACCACUACGACCACUUCAAAUAAGACUAAUGCAGCUUUAACUUACUGAAGGUGGUGUUUUCUGUUCCUUGCAAGGCUGUGUGUUUAGAAAUAAGCUUAUGAAUGCAUUAAGUAUUUAAAUUAUUUUUCUUUCUCUGUAUCAUAGAAGUAUCUACUAAGUAACCCUGCCCACCAGAGCAGUGCUGUGGAUGAACACUUCUUCUUGAAUGAAAGUGCAGCUCAAGUAAGGUAAAAUAAGUCAAACAGACAUUUUUACAUUUGAUUUCUGAAUAAGUCUGUUGUUGUUUGGACAUGUUAAACUCAGAGAAAUCUGUAAUUUUUGUUUUCUUUUUAGGGAUAUCUCAAAGUUUAAGCCGCUCACUCGCCGGACACCUGUGACUGUGAUCACUGGGGAUUCUUUUGACCAGCAAAUACCAGAGCAUCUGAAUCAGGUGAGACUCUUUCUCUCUCUCUCCCUGUUUCUCUCUCUCUGUGCAGGCAGCUGUGGUAAGUCUGGUUCUGCCCAAGGUUUCUGCCUAAAUACUGCAAAGUGCUUCAUUCAUGUUGAAUAAGAUGGGUUAAGAAUGGGUCUUAUAUUUCUAGAUCGGACUCAGUCUUGAGGUUCGGUCUUUGGAAUACAUCAAACAAAGACUUUGGUCCAGACCUGCUCUGAUGGAAAGCUAGCCUGGCUGGGCCAUCCUGUUGCGUGAAUCACUUCAUGUUCCUUCCCAGCCAGGCUAAUGGAAAGCAUCUUCAGAUAACGAUUGUUGUGAUUUGGCGCUAUAUAAUAAAAAUUGAUCGACUGAUUGAUUGUAUACACAGCUAUGUAACUCCAUGUUGCAUUGUUGACUCAUGUUCCGUGGCGGAACAAUUCUCAAUAAGCAUUUGUGUAAAUCCCACAGUAAAUCUUUUUUUUUUUUCCCCCUGCACCAGAUGGUAGCUAGGCUUCAAAAGAAGUUCCUGGAAGAGUCCUACCCAUCAGCCAAUCACAUUCACAUAAAAGGAACAGACCGGCAAAUGAUCUACAAGAAGCCAUCUGCCAUCAGCCAGCACCUGAGGAAGCUGGUCAACCAACGACAAGGCAAACAGUAGAGGAAGUGACCGCAACGCAUAACAGCACCCAGAACAUGGUCAAAGAAGGAACUAUCAAAUAUGUUUAUAAUUAAAGCAGCAUUCAAGAUGCCUUUUGAUAACAUUUCUGCACGACUCUAUGUCAUUGGAAGCUUUUUAACUGGAAAUAACUGCAUGGGUAUUCAGUGAGGUGUAAUAUUUUCUGUUUUAAAUGCAAAAAGCAUUGCACAGACAAAUUUCUCAAUUUAAUUUAAACCACCUCUUACUUUAGUGUGACUGUGCUGCCAUGUGAAAGUUCCUCUGUCUACAUCUUAAAUGCACAUUUUUGGCAAAACGACCAACAUACAGGAACUUUAUUUACGGACCUAUGAUGGAUCAGAUUUAUUCUAUAAAGUUCAAACAGAGAUGUUUGCACCCCCCCCAAAGUAAUUCUAAAUGAACAGCCCUUAAUUUACUCUGUUUUGGAAAGAAAAAGAGAGACCACACAACAAUAGUUCAUCCUGAGGAUUUAGGUUUAAUUAUGACACCACAUCAAAAUAAAAAUUUCCAACAGAUCUGGAAUUGAAUUCCAUUGAUAUACAUGCAUAGCAACAACGUUUUAAGAAACAUUUUCUCCCAUAAUCAGGACAUUGGAAUGAUCAUUUUACAUCAGUAUCCCCACUGACCUCCCACCCAUCUUGUUUAUCAGCAAUAAACUUAAUUCUUACUUUUUUUCCCCUAUGGGGUUACAAAUAAUUAUAUGCACAAUCCCCAUUUCAUAAUACUGCUUUCGGUAAUGUUCCCUAAUUUACAAAGUAUUGCAUUGAGAGCAAAUUUCAAAAAAGGGAGACCAAAGUUUAUCAUCAAACAGAAAUACAAGUACUAUACAAGAAUGCUGCCAUCCUCAUGAAACAUCCACUUCUGAGUUGAAGAAAAGAGACAGGGACAAACAGUCACGUAUGUAUGCAAAGCCAUGUGUAUAAGCCAAAAUGUGAAAUGCAGGGUUGUGCCUGGUUAUCACUCCCAAAUGGUGAUCUUUUAAGGCAAACAAGUCAUUAGUAGCAACCACAAGUGACAUUUUGGCCAUAUACAGAAACUGGUACAGCAAAUAAGAAUACACAAGUGCCUCAGUAGCUAUUUUUGUGUCUAAAAUGCAUCUCAUUUUUGUAUUGUCUAUUGUUUCAUUGAGCCUACAGUACAGUGUAAACAAUAUGUGUGCUACACAAGAAUGACUAUACAAUAACAUUACAAACAACUCUGAUAUAAAUUUCAUCUUGAAUUUAAAUUAAGAUCACUACCCCUAUUAAUACUGAUUGUAAAACAAAUCAAUGAGAAAGUGGCACCAAUAUUAUUCUCAAUUCAUUUUCUUUUUUUUAACCAAUGAUUUUGCAUUUGUAAGUCUUAAAACAAUGGAAGAAGAAGCUCCUCUUGAUUGUCCACAAGCAGUGUUACUCACUGCAUGAUGCACUAUUCCAGACACAACAGUGUACCCAAAAAAUGGAGAAAAAUAGGGUAAAAGUUCUCGAGGAAAGGUGAGGGAAGGGGAGGACGAUAAAGUCUUAUUCGUCGUACCUUAUUUUACAUGCUCCGCAGCAUGUGAUGAGCAAUAAAACUUCUUAUGGGUAAUAAAGUUUGACAGGUUGUUGAACUGGAUAUCACAGAGGCGGCAGUAUUUGCCACUUCCGGAUCCGUUAAUGCCUUUGUUGGCCGUGGGUGCAGCGUCAUCAUUUGGAGACUUAGAAGAAGGUGACAUGUUCUCAUUGGAGUCUGGCUGGUUCUCUGUAGCCCACGUAGGUGAGGGAUUGGAGGGUUGGCUCUCUGGCUGAGGCUGGUUCUCCUGUUGUGCUGGAGCACUUCCUGAACGCUCCUCUGGCUUGUGCCCCCCGUUGACGAUGACCAUACCCCGGUUUUUAGGCAGUAGAGGAAGGGGCUCCUUGCCAGGGUGGGGACAACCAUUAGCAGCAGGCUGCUGGGCCUGCUCUCUGGUCGUUCCUGUGUCUGCUCCCACUCCUACGUUCCCUCCACCCCCGUUUACAUUCUGCUCUUGUUCACUGGCCUCUCCCUGCAUCACAGAAACCCCAGUUGCAUAAUCAGUUGGUUUUAUCCCAAAAUACGGGGAUAUGUGCUCAGGACCUUUCACCUUCUUUAUUGCUCCCGGAUAAAGACAGUGGGGCAGAAACAUGCUCUUGUCAUCUUUUGAUUGGAUAAGUUGGGGCUCAGCGAAGGCCUUGAGUCCUGGCAAGGGGCCCAGGUGAGGUGGGAACAUACCUCCGUUUUGCACCAUCACCUUCCCAUUCUUGUCACAUUUGCCCGGGCUCUUGUCGUAGACGUCAUCUGGGUUGCUACUGCUCUCACUUUUUACAUCCGGAAACAGAGUUGGCUCCAGGCUGCCGCUUUCAUUGUGUUGUUGCUGUUGCUGUGGCUGUUGUUGUUGUUGCUGCUGAGUGGCAGCAGCAGCAGCAGCAGCUGCUGUCGCAGGGCAAAAGUUCUGUUUGUGCGCCAGAUAGUUCUCAACCUUGUUAAAACUUAUUUUGCACACUGCACAUUCGUGAUAGUCCAACAGUCUUUUGGGAGAGCUACAUGACUUGUCGGAGACUGGGGAACACUUUUUGCUGAGGUCAAUGGGGGCAUCCAGCUCCUGUUGCUCCACUGUGUUACACUUGGGAGCUAGAAUAGGUUUAGUGACAGUCAGAGAGGCCUCCAGGUGUUUGGGGACUAUACCUGGGAAUAUGUCGCAGCGGGGAUGGAAGCGGUCUGCUAGGUUUUCCACAGCUUCCUGUGAUGUACAAGGGUUCAUCGGAGAAACCCCAAGAAAACCUGGCUGCACCAUGGGGGGCCUCUGGUGGUCUUGGUCAGGGAGACACAUCUCGUACAUCUUUCUGCGCUUGCGUGUCCUCAUGGUUCUCUGCAUUGAGGGUACCUUGUUGGUGGACAGCCGUUUUGUAGGCGGGUCAUGACGAGUGGCGCAGUAGUACUGCUUGUGGACCAUGUAGGUCUCAUGUCGGCUGAAAGUGAUAUUGCAGGCAUCACAGGUCGUCUUGGUUGGGUCAUUGUCACUUUCCACCAAACCCGUACUGGGGCUCUUCCCCUCCAUCUGCUUGCCGUUCAGCCGCUCCUCAGCCCCAGGUGGGGUUGGGACCUUCUUCCCCUGUCCUGGAAGAUCCUUGUCAGCCCCUUUGGCUCCUGCAGUGAUCAUUUCCAACACGUUUGAGUUAAGACAGGCAGACUGCAUGAGGUGAUUAUCAGCCUCUGUUGGGUGGCAGCCUGCUAACAUGCUAACAGAACUGUGACCACUGUUGGGGCUCACUGCCUCAGGGACUUUAUCUGAGAGGGCAGAGAAGUCCGGGGACUUUGCCAUGUGUUGCCAGCGGCUGUUACAAUAGUGCUUUUUGUGAACCAAAUAGUUGUCCAGGUUGCUGAAGGUUAUAUUGCAUUCAAAACAGGUGGCCCCUUUAGGCAUGAGGGGGCUGUAAAUGACAGGGGGGUAGCUGUUCCCUCCAUGGCGCAGCCUCCGGUGAACUAGUUCUGACAUUUUAGCCAGAAUCUCAGAAGCCUGUGGGACUACUGAAAUGUCUUGGGAAAAAGCAAACUGUGACAAGAAGGGGCCCAUGGGAAAUGUAGGCAUGUUAUGCUGCACAGGGGAGGAGGCCAGACGGGGGCUGGAGGGCUCAGACUUGAUCCUGGUGUAAGAAAAACUGGCUUUGCUGCCUGGGUGGGCCUCUCCCUUCUGAACAGACGGCAUGGGCUUCUUCUCAGUCUUGUCAGCCUCUGUCUCUGUGCUGGUCUCCUUGUUGAGGGCCCCUUUGGGACUUCCCAGUAGAGCAUCCUUCCUGUUGGCUAGCUCAGCGCGGGCCUGCUGCUGCUGGAGGCUUUCCUCAGACCCCCUAGGGGAAUGCUCGGUGCUGUCUCCUUCUCUGUGAAGUUUGCUGCCGUGCCCAUGUAAGUCCUGAUGCUGUAAGAGUUCCCUGUGGCUCUGGAAGCUGAUAUGGCAGUGAUUACAUCUGAAGGCCGCCUGUGACAGGUGAGACAUGAUGUGAUGCUGGAAUGUAAUAAGAGAAUCUGCCGUGUAGUUGCAGAUUGUGCAUUUCAAGCUGGUGCCAGGAGGGAGGCUCUCUUCCAUUUUGACACC